AUGAGCCUGAGUCGUACCAAGCGAAUCAGCUCCAGUAACUCCGUGCGGAGCAGCAGUGGGUCGAGGAGGCUGAGCGGUUUCGGUCAAGUUCAGGGGGGUUUCAGCGGCAUCUCUCUGAGCAGCAGCUCUCUCUACGCGGGAACCAACGGGCAUCACCAAGGCGUUGGCGCCCCACUGGCAUCCCUGUCGGUCAAUAAAAGCCUGCUGGCCCCCCUGAACCUGGAGAUCGACCCCAGCCUGUCCAUGAGCCGAGCCCAUGAGAAGGAGCAGAUCAAAAGCCUCAACAACCGCUUUGCAAGCUUCAUAGAUAAGGUACGUUUCCUGGAGCAGCAGAAUAAAAUGCUUGAGACCAAACUGGAGCUGCUGCAGGGCCAAGGGUUGGCCAGAUCCAACGUGGAGCCCAUGUUUGAGGCCUACAUGGCAGGUCUCAGGCGCCAGAUGGACGUGGUCAACAACGACAAGAUCAAACUGGACGGAGAGCUGAGGAACAUGCAGGGUCUGGUGGAGGACUACAAGCACAAAUAUGAAGACGAGAUUAACAAGAGAAACAACCUGGAGAAUGACUUUGUUAUCCUAAAGAAGGAUGUAGACUCGGCCUACCUGGUGAAGGCAGAUCUGGAGGAUAAGGUGGGAGCUCUGACUGAUGAAAUCAACUUCCUGCGCAACAUCUAUGAGGAGGAGCUGCGUGAGCUGCAGGCCAGCAUCAAAGACACCUCGGUGGUGGUGCAAAUGGACAACAGUCGCAGCCUGAACAUGGAGCAGAUUGUCGCUGAGGUCAAAGCCCAGUACGAGGAUAUCGCAGCCCGCAGCCGAGAGGAGGCAGAGGCCUGGUACAAGAACAAAUUCGACCAAAUGUCAGUGCAGGCCAGCCAGUAUGGAGACGAGCUCCGCGUUGUGAAGGGAGAAGUGGGCGAGGUCAACCGACUGAUCAGCCGACUGCAGAGCGAGAUAGAGGCUGUCAAAGCGCAGCGAGGCAGCCUGGAGAACCAGCUGGCUGAGUCAGAGGAGCGUGGAGAGCUGGCUGUGAAAGAAGCCAAAGCCCGGACCAGAGACCUGGAGGACGCACUGCAGAGAGCCAAACAAGACAUGGCCAGACAGCUUCGAGAGUUUCAGGACCUGAUGAACCUGAAACUGGCUCUGGACAUUGAGAUCGCCACCUACAGGAAGCUGCUGGAAGGAGAGGAGGACAGAAUUGGACAGCAGUCCAUCCUCAACAUCCAGUCCAUCUCCAACUAUAGUACUAAAAGUAAUAAUGGCUACCACAGUAACACCAGCUCUCCUGCUCCAAAACUGCUGAUAAAGACAACUGAGACCAGAGACAACAGCAGAUACUUCACUCACUGAGAGGAGACACACACACACACACACACACAGCAUGCAGGCAGUGGUGGAAUGAUACUCAAGUACUGUACUGAAGUACAAACUUUUGGUACUUGUACAUUACUUGAGUCUUUUCUUCUCAUGCUGCUUUGUACUUUUACUCUACCACAUUUCAGAGGAAAACAUACUUUUUAUUGCACUGCAAUAUUUUUGACAGCUUUAGUUGUAGUUACUAAACAAAUUAAGAAUUUUUGCACACAAAACAUAUGAAGAGCUCAUAAAAUAAAUAAAAUACAUAUUUUGAUUGUUUAAGUCUGUACAAGCAUUUCAUGGUUUUAGCUUUACAACUGUGGAGAUUUGCUGUUUGAAUGUAUUGUUAAUAAUGUUGCAUUGUGAAGGUGUCACUUUGGGCUCUCGGUAAUAACUGUGACAGCAUUUCUCACUUUUAUCAGAAUUUUUACAAACCAAACAAUCAAUCUGUUAAUGGAGAAAACUGUCAGCAGAUGAAUCCACAAUUAAAAUAAUCAUUAGUUGCAGUCUGAUACAAAAUAGUUCUAAAUAAGCUUAACCUCAACAACUACAGCAGUAGAAUUCUGCUUUUACGUUAAUGCAUGAUUAAUAAUAAUCUGAUGAGAGAAUAUAUAAUAGUAUAACAGUCACAAGGGACAUUUUACUGCACUGAGUACUUUUACUUUUAAUACUUUAAGUAAAUUUACCUGAUUAUACUUACACACUUUUGCUUAAAGUUUACUUUUCAACGCAGGAUUUUUACUUAAAAGCAAGUAUUUUUACAGUGUGGUAUUAGUACUUUUAAGUAUCUUCCUCCACCACUGCAUGCAUGUACCACAACACACACACACACACACACACACACACACACACACACACACACACACACACACAAAGAAUAUCUCUAUAAAGAUCUCUGAGGGUGCAGGUGGGGCACUGGAUUACUAACUUUAACUUUUUACUGUAGAACAAAACAUUUAAUAAUCUAUACAAUAAAACGUGUAAAAUUAAGUCGAAAAGUGCUGAGAUUUUUUGUUUCUAAUAUAGUUUACAGCAUAGAAGGAUUUAAACGUGUUUAUAAUCUGUCAGGUCUAGUCUUCUAACAAACACUGAAGCAUGCUGUAGUAUUUUCUAUUGUAGUGAGAUUAUAGAAAUGAUAAAAUACUGUAGUCUUAAAAACAAUUUUGGGGAUGUCCUGCUACAGGUGUGCUUAGCCGUGCUUUAUGUAUCCAAAACAGUUUUGUUUGCCUGCUCAGUUUUAUACUCUGAAGGUCUUUCAAAUGAACUAGUAGUCUUCAUCUACAGAUGUGGUGUUUGGGUUUAACUUUCUUU